GCGCACUACAUUUCCCGUCGUCCCCUCGGUGACGUCGCCGCCCACGUGACCAGCGCGGUGCAAUCACUCCCUCUGUUACAGAGCUCGCUGCAUUUGUAAGGAGCUCCGGCGGAGGGUCUGAGGGAAGACAAGGGCCCCGCCGAUAACAGAAGGGCCCCAGCCGGUGUGCAUGCGGGUAUAGACCGGCAUGGAACCAAGUCCUGGGAAACCAAAAGUCCCUGACUUUCUCUCUAACCUGGGAAAACCUACCUUGCGAGGUGUACGGAAAUGCCCGCACUGUGGUACUUACAAUGGAACCCGUGGCCUGAGUUGCAAAAACAAGAGCUGUGGCACUGUAUUCAGAUGUCGAAACAACAAGCCUCCACCUCGAGAUGCCGUGAAGCUUCUUACUGGGUCUGAUAUGCAGAUAUUCUCAGUGAGGCAAAGGGACAGAGGUCCUGAUCACAGGUGUCUGGUGGUUCUCGGUAUUUCUGAGACCACUAUUCAGACUGCAGAAGGGACAAUCAUCACUCAGAUCAGCUCCGGUCGCUGCUUUGCGCCGUCUUGUCUUAAAGCAGCCGUUCGAGGGGUGGUAGAGAACCAGUGUCAGCACAUUAAGCAGGCGAUGAGCUGCCAUAUUGAAGCUGAGCCACUGCCACUUAAAAGCUCAGUGUUGAAUGCUAUGCAGAUCCCAACAGAAAUCAAGCAGGAUAUCUGGGUACUAGCCAGUGAGUGCAUGGGGCCACUGGUUCAGAGGGUGAACAAAUCUGUCCUGGUAGUGCGAUGCAAACCUAGUCCACAGCACAGCCUGGGCUACAUCCAUGUGUAUUUCACACAAAAAUCUGGCCCACAUAAAGGAUCCAACCACCUUUUUCAGUGUUCCUGCGAAGCCCAAAAAACCACCAAAGCGACAUCUUCAAAGGUUGAAAAUGAGGAUAGAUGUGUGCAUUUCUACACCUGCCUUGGGGCCUUUGCCAGUGAUGACAGCCUUACUGAGGAAUUUACUGAAUAUUUCUAUGUCAUGUCUGAAGGUGUUAAAGAGAUUACGGUGUUAGAGACGGACCAUAAGAUGGAUACUGUGGAGACUGUGGUACAGAUACAUGAAGAAUCUUCCCCAAUGCUGAAACCUAAGAAACCAAGAAAUGAGGAGUCACCAGGUGCAAACUCUGUAGGUCAAGAUGUGGCAAUUCCCUGUCUGAAGAAAAUGACCCCAAAAAAGCCAGCAAUUAAUUCUGCUACAAAGAGACCAGUGCCAAGUCAGCUAUUGAAUGAGACUCAGGUAUCCCUGACCUUCCUAGACUGGUUGGCCAGUGUGACAGAGAGGAUCCAUCAGACCAUGCAUUUUCAGUUUGAUGGUAAACCAGAGCCAUUGGUUUUCCACAUUCCCCAGUCCUUCUUUGAUGCUCUGUCACAGAGGCUGUCCAUGGGCAAUGCAAGGAUGCGCCUUCCCAACUCCACUACAGCCUUUGUAAGAAAGGACGCACUUCCUUUGGGGACUUUCUCCAAGUAUACCUGGCACAUCACUAACAUUUUACAUGUUAAACAGAUCUUCGACACCCCAGAGAUGCCCCUAGAAAUUACCCGAAGUUUUGUCCAGAACAGAGAUGGAACGUUUGAUUUAUUCAAAUGUCCGAAAGUAGAAGUGGAGAACAUUGCAGAAACCUAUGGCAGACUGGAGAAGCAUCCUAUACGCCCUCUUGAACUGAAAACUUUCCUAAAAGUUGGUAACACUUCUCCAGAUCAGAAGGAUCCCACCCCAUUUACUAUUGAGUGGAUCCCAGAUAUUCUGCCUCUAUCCAAGAUUGGGGAGCUGCGCAUUAAAUUUGAAUAUGGCCACCAUCGGAACGGUCCAUUGCCAGAAUUCAUAGACCCUGCUCCCUCCACCCUGGAACAUGCCCUGGAGAUCACACCUCUCACCACAAUUACCUUUGAUUAAUUCUGUAAAGGAGAAUCAGUGGGAUGAUGGCGCUGUGGCUGCCAUCUUGUUCUGUUAAGAAGUAAGCUGCCAAAGGAAGAGCACCAGAGACACAGAUUCAGGACCAGGGACAUUUCUCGUGCAUUAAUAUGCAGGGUAUUUCCUUUUUUAAUCUAAUUUGCUGCUAUGGUACACUGUCUUUUGUGUGUAUUUAAAUAGAAUUACUGUGUUUUCAUAAUACAGCCAAUGGUGUUAUAAGCAAUCAACUCCAAGGAUGAAAGAUUAAGAAUUGGACUUAUGGUUCGCAACGUGGCUCAGAUCAUAGCCUUGUGACUUUGGAAGCAGUGUUUUAAAUAUCAUGCUUUGUGAAUUCACUUGUCAAAACUUUGUCGGCCCUCCAUCUUCAGCUGUGAAAUAGUGGCCUGGUCAUUGGCUUUGCCAGCAUGGCGGUGGGUUUACAGCUGGCAGCGUAUACUGAUAUCAAAGGGACCAUCGUCUGAAGAAUGACAAGAAUAUUAUACCAGAAGCUGAAGUGUUUCUUCUGCCGAAACCUUUUAUAGAUUUGCCGUCUGUCAUUUCAUCUGCCUGCCUCUUUAACCCUUUUUUAUCUCCAGUGUAUAUAGUUAACCCUUUUCGGGGUAAUUGUAGUUGAUCAUGCUGAUGGAAUGACUAUGACUGUUAGCGUAACCGGACAAAGGAGUAUACAAUCCCUGUGAAGAUGAAAAAUGAGAAUUUUAAUCACAUAAAUCAUUUGAGA